AUGCCAACAGUUAGUAGUAGUGGUACAGUGAAGAACUCAGUGAUGUUUGAGGAUGUGGCUGUGGAAUUUUCCCAGGAAGAGUGGGCUUUGCUGGAUUUUUCCCAGAGGCAACUCUACAGAGAUGUGAUGAUGGAAACCUUCAGGAACCUGGACUCAGAUUAUGGGAAACCUUGUACUUGUUCCUUUCCCCUCACUAAACAUACAAGAACUCACAGUGGACAGAGGCCUUAUGAAUGUAAGUGUGGGAAAGUCUUUAGUUAUCUCUCAAGCCUCACUAGACAUAUAAGAACUCACAGUGGAGAGAGGCUUUUUGAAUGUCCGAAAUGUUGGAAAGCUUUCACUCGUUCCUCAUCCCUUACUACACAUCUGAGAUCUCACAGUGGAGAAAAGCCUUAUGAGUGUAAGGAAUGUGGGAAAGCCUUUAGUUGUUCUUCUUCCCUCACUGCACAUGUGCGAACUCAUAGUGGAGAGAGGCCUUACCAGUGUAAGGAAUGUGGGAAGACCUUUGGUCGGUCCUCACACCUCACUACCCAUAUAAGAACACACAGUGAAGAGAGGCCUUAUGAAUGUAAACAAUGUGGAAAAGCCUUUAAGCAAUUUCCACAACUCACUAUCCAUAUGAAAACACACAGUGAAGAGAGACUGUAUGAAUGUAAACAAUGUGGGAAAGCCUUUAAGCAAUUUUCACAACUCACUACCCAUAUAAAAACUCACAGUGAAGAGAGGCCUUAUGAAUGUAAGGAAUGUGGAAAAUCCUUUAGUCAGUUUUCAUACCUGACUGGCCAUAUGAAAGCUCACACUGGAUACAGGCCUUACAUAUGUGAAGAAUGUGGGAAAGCCUUUACUCGAUCCUCACACCUCACUGCCCAUAGAAGAACACACACUGGAGAGAGGCCUUAUCAAUGUAUGGAAUGUGGGAAAGCUUUUUAUCAGUCCUCAAACCUAAUUCACCAUGUAAGAUCUCACAGUGGAGAGAAACCUUAUGAAUGUAAGGAAUGUGAGAAAGCCUUUAGUUGUUCAUCAUCCUUCCGUAAACAUGUUAGAACUUUCCAUGAAGAUAGGCCUCAUGAUAGAAAAAAAUGUUGA